AUCAAAUUUAGAAUCUUAUAAAUAGCACUAAGCUCAUCUCUGCUGAAGCAAGAGGAUAUUUUAGGUGUUCUCCAACAUGUAAACUCAACAGACUGGAGUUUUCAUAAAAUAUCUUAAAAAAAUGACAAAUUUUGAGCAGUUUCACAUCGACUUUUACCAGUCCAAUUAUACCAUAGAUGACCAGGAAGAAGGUUACAACAGUUACGGGUCUAAUGAAAACCUCUGUGGAAGCAGAAAGAGCCAAACAGAAGAGCAGCCUCCAGCCACUGCUUUUGCCCCGUCAGAAAUGCUUCUGCCCUCUCGGAGUUACACGGGUCAGAUUUUGCAGCCAGCAUACAGUCCUGACACUCUCUCUUAUCUCAGUUAUGCUGAUGGAUUUGAAGAGGAACCUCCUUUGCUAGAAGAACUUGGGAUCAAUUUUGAGCAUAUAUGGCAAAAAACGUUAACAGUUCUAAAUCCAAUGAAGCCUGCAGAUGGCAGCAUUAUGAAUGAGACAGACCUCACCGGACCUAUGGUCUUCUGUUUGGCCCUUGGAGCAACAUUGCUGCUGGCAGGAAAAGUUCAUUUCGGCUAUGUGUAUGGCAUGAGCGCCAUUGGGUGCCUUGCCAUGCAUGCCCUGCUGAACCUGAUGAGCGUCCCAGGAGUCUCACAUGGUUGUGUUGCAAGUGUCUUGGGCUAUUGCCUGCUGCCCAUGGUGAUCCUGUCCUCUUCUGCUGUCAUCUUCUCACUACAGGGGAUCCUGGGAACUUCGUUAGCUCUGUUUAUUAUUGGAUGGUGCAGUUUGUCAGCCUCCAAAAUUUUUACCUCUGCAUUGGCUAUGGAAGGACAGCAGCUUCUUAUCGCAUACCCGUGUGCUUUACUUUAUGGACUUUUUGCACUUCUAACUGUAUUCUGAGAUGUAUUUUCAGGUAGACCUAUCACAGCAUGUUUAUGGUUGUUGGACAGGCAUGGAGUUAUUUACUUAUUUUUAGAUUGCCUAGGAUUACAUUAAGUUCCAUUAACAAAAUUAGAUUAUAUGGCUUACCUUUUAUUUGCCUAAUGGCUGAUAAUGCAAUAAAAAAUCAAGCUAACAGGUAGAUGACUGCAAUAAUGGUGUUUUGAUAGUCUUACAGCUUAAAGAAAAACACUUGUAUUGAGAAGGUAGCAAAAGUGAAAAAAAAAGAUAUAAAUGAUCAUUAAAAAUUUAUUUUUUGAUUGUUUAAUAUAUAAUACAUGUACCAGAGAGUAACUGGAAAGCAAUAUUGUAAAUAACAAAUCUAGUAAAUCAAGUGAAAAUAAAUAUGAUUUUGUUUCAAAAAAAGUACUUUGCCAUCUCAUAUGAUUACUAAUUAAUAUUCAGAAUUUAUGUGUGUGUAUUUGUGGGUUUUUUAACAGAAGACUGAGUGGCCCGCAGUUGUGAUGUUGAAGAAUUGUCCAAGAACAGGUUGCUGCAACAGAGGGCAGAAACUAGAAAUGUCAUCUUGGGUUUGUUUGUUGUUGUUUUGUUUAUUUGCUUGUGGUUUUUUCUUUUUUUUUUUUUUUUUAAGAGGUGUUGCUGUCCAAAACACUGUGUACUCUUUGUAAUGUACAGUAGUAUUAGAUUUUAAAAUAGCCACUAAACCACUGCCUGCUGUCACUGCAGAAAAGCACCACACAAAGCAAAGGCAACUCCUAAAAAUGUUUCCUGAAAGGCAGAACUGCGUUUGAGCAAGCAAAAUACAAAUCUCCACAAUUUUAUCUGUCCUCCAAAAAAUCUAUUCACUGCUUUUAGUUUUACAGGAACCUAACAUUUUUAUAAUAGCAAUGAAGCACAGAAUGCACAAGACGAUGUUUCAAAAUAUGAUAUUAGAAGCAUCAAGCCAUCAAGAGGAAAUGGAGAUGUGUGUGCAGUCAUAACAAGAGCAAAAUCCAGUAAGCAGCGGUAGAAAAAAUGAAUGCAGCUGUAGAAAGGGAUAGGGAAAAAGAAAUUGAUGAAAUAAAGCUAAAUGUGAAGGAAAUAAAUGGCAGCAGAUUAUUUCAGUGGUGUUUUAGGAUGUCUUCCUUCUUGAUGAGUGUUUUAAUGAUCUUGAUUAUCUUCCAAUUUAUUCAUUAUUUUGAACUGUUAAGUGAAAUGCCUAGAAAAUAUUUCUCUCUCUAGACACAGGACCAAUGAUUCUGUGAGAGAGGGUCCUGAUACUGCAAACACUUACGCAGAAGCUUAGCAUGGUGAAUGUGCUGAAGAAAAAAUAAAAUUAAUUGUCUUCCUAAUCCUUUUCAAGUCAGAGGUAAAUUAGAUGAUUGGGUUGUCCUCAAGCUAGUGAUUCUGUUUCUGAACUGAAAGAGCCUUUAGUAAAAAUAUUUCCCAUUGCUGACAUAUUUGGUUUUUGAAGAACUCUUGUGCAAACUGUUCUGGAAUUCAUAUUACUGAACUCCCCUUCAGACUAGGGGUCAGGAGAAGUAAAAAAAAAGGUAGUGUGUACUUAGCCAAUUCCUUAAAAAGUCAAACUCAUUUAUGGAAAAAUACUUGGUGCAUGUAUCCAUUUCUUUGUUGCAAGGCUACGAACACAGUCACAGAGAGGCAAAGUUGGAGUCAUGACCCCAGAAUAAACUGUGGCUGUAACCAGGCAGGAUCCAGUUGCAUUUAAGUGGGAAGUGUGUGAAUUUGGAAGAUCAGCAUUUGCAAGCAUGAGAGGUUUGGCCCUGCUGUAUCAGGGAGUAAGUUUUGCACUAAUGAGGCACAGAUAAACAUGUCAAGUGACUCCAGGGUGCAGUUAGAAAAUCAGGCAGUUUGAUUUACCAUGCAACAAUAGCAUUCUUGUGUCUGAAUAGGGAAAGAUUCAUACAGUUGCACGUCUUCUGAAGUUCAGAAAAGAUGGUUUAGAAACAUUUACGUCCAUUUUUGUUCUACACUUCCUGUUAUUAUUCAUACUACCUAAAACAAGUAUAAAAUGGCUUUAUUCUUUAGCACUUUGUAUUCAUUUUCAUCCUGAUCUGCAUAAUACAAAUGGCAGGGGAACCAGUGAAUCAAGCCAUCAAUUUGUCUUUUGAUGUCAUAGACAAGUAAAAUUACUUAUGGGGAAAACGAACAACUUGAAUUUUUGCCACAACAUUUACAAAGCAAAUACUAGUCUACUUACAGUUUUAUGUUUAUUCUCUCAGAAUUUAGAACUUUUUUCUUUUCUUCACUGAGAUGCAUCAUAAUUGUUUUGAAUGCUAACUUCUUAAUUUCAAUAACUUCCCUUGUUUUACUGUUUAGCCAUGCUUGAUUUCCUUUUACCUGUUCCCAAGGGAUUUCCAGCAUAUGAUAUGCUCUGGUGUUGUGCUCCCAGUAUGGUGUCCUUCAGGGGUCUCUAUGAUACCUGUGAGGAUUUAAAUCUCUUAGCCAUCCUUCUUUGUCUUCUUUUAAGAGAGAGUCCUCAUUUUUACAUAGCUCUCCUUUCUGAAGGUCAGCACAGCUGUAGUGAUGCUUUUGGACCUAUUAUUCUGUGUAUUUCCUGAAUCUAAAAAUACUCUGGUCACUAUUAUAAGGAAUUACUUCCUUAAAAAUAAAUACUAUUUUGGUCUAAGA